UCUGCGCGCGCUUUAACGACCGAACGGAGAGCCCCUGAAAGUGGCACGAGUGAAUGAAUAUCGUUCCCUUACUCCAUAACAUAAAGUAAAAUGGAUUUCCUUAUCGGGAGCCCGUUAUCGUCUCCGGUCGGACAGCGCAUCCAGAGAGCCACCAGCGCUGCACUACAGGCUGAGGAUUGGGGCUUGAACAUGGAAAUCUGUGACAUCAUCAAUGAGACAGAUGAAGGACCCAAAGAUGCAAUGAAAGCCAUAAAGAAGAAGAUUGUUGGAAAUAAGAACUUCAGAGAGGUCAUGCUGGCACUGACUGUGCUCGAGACAUGUGUGAAGAACUGUGGCCAUCGUUUCCACAUUCAAGUCUGCUCACAGGAGUUUGUGGAGGGAGUUCUUGUUGGAACCAUUCUCCCAAAAAACAACCCCCCAAUGGUUUUGCAGGACAGAAUCUUAAGCCUCAUUCAGGCAUGGGCUGACGCCUUCCGGAACACCCCCUCGCUGGCCGGAGUGGUGAGCGUGUAUGAUGACCUGAGGAAGAGAGGGCUGGAAUUUCCCAUGACUGACCUGGAUGCCCUUUCACCCAUCCACACCCCCAGCAGGAGCAUUCCGGAAGACAGGACAUCUGCCCCAUCUGUUCCUGUGUCUGCUGUCUGCAGGACACGUGCUCCCAUCCCCACACCCACACCCACUCCACAGGCAAAUGGAUCAGCUGUUCCCCUCUCACGAGAACAGAAACAGAAGCUCAGAGCAGAGUUGGACCUGGUGAAGGGAAACCUGACGGUGAUGACAGAGAUGCUGAACCAGCUUAAACCAGGAGAGAGCUCACCUUCAGACCUGGAGCUUCUGCAGCAGCUGAACUCUGUGUGUAAGAGCAUGCAGCAGAGAGUUGUGGAGUUGAUCCCCAGGCUCUGUGAGGAAGAGCUGAUUGGUGAGCUGUUGGUUGUCAACGAUGAUCUCAACAACGCUUUCAUCCGCUAUGAAAGGUUUGAAAGACUUAGCGUUACACAACAAGCGACGACAGAGCAAACAGGAAACCUCAUAGACCUUAGCCCUGUUAUGCCACCAGCCAAUCAGGCUUCACUUCCACCUGAAGUUCAUCCAGUGGCUGACCCUCCAUUCAAACCCAUGAACAAUGCAGAGGAAGAAGAUGAAUUUGAUAUGUUUGCACAGACGAGAGGCAGCUCGCUAGCUGAGCAGAGGAAGAGUGUGAGGUACGAGGACCCUGGUGCCAUUGAAAGCCUGGCUGGCGCGUUAGACACUCGACUCCAGGUCACAGGAGGGGAUGUGACAGGUGACUGGAUGCGUCAGUCUCAAUGGAUAUACAGUGAGGGGCUGAUGCCAACACCACAGAAUGCUGCUAUGGAUGAUAUUGAAAAAUGGCUGUCCGCAGAAACGCAUGAUGCUACAAAUGAUGAAGGGGUUACAAGUGAAGCAUUCGACAGGUUUUUAGCAGAGAGGGCUAAAGUGGUGGAUCAUCUCCCAUCUGUCCAGAAUCCCCCCUCAGCUGCCACUAACCCCCAGCUGCCCAAGUCGUCAGGGAAACAGGAGAGCGCUCAGGACGAGUUCUUCUCCCUCUAACAGACUUGGGGCGGGGCGGGAUGGAGGAAGACCGGAGUUCUCUCUGUGAGGAGUGCGACCCAGUAGCCUUCUGUAAAAGCACUGUAACAUAUCCAAGGCCUUUUUGUGUAAAUGUUAUAAUAAUGACAGAUAAUGACACUUUUUUUUCUUUUUUCUUUUUUUGAAGAAGAGAUUUUUUUCAGCGAAAUCCCUUGAGGACAACGUAAUGUUAUAAUGUCCAAUAAUGGCUGUUGUAAUCCCUGUUAUUGAAGGCAAGAUUUUAUUAGUUAUUUUUUUAAGCAGCGCUUAAGGGCAAAAAUGAUGUUUUGUUUAUCAUUGUAUGUUAAAACCUGCACGGCUGGGCGUGCAGCCUUUCAGCCUUCCUGAAGGCGUGUCAUCAGCUAUCGGAUCAUGCAGCACCCAAUGCCGUGUGUUGGCAGUGGAAUUGAAAAAUCUGACAUUUUUACCCACUCAGGAGCAUCAAAGCAGUUAGAAACUGCAAAAAAGCUGUCCCACAACUGAAUAUUACUUACACAGUCUAGACUAGAUGAAAAUCUCCAGCUCAUUUUCUAUAGUGUCUGAAUGUCAUUAUUUGCCAGGACAGCCUAUAGUUAACAGCUACAGUCAGUGGGCCUUUGGUACGCAGUCUUACCUCAAUACGAAUUUGAGAUGCGUUGCAAGGGAACAAAUGAAUGGAAAAUGAUUAGCCUUAGGAUAAUUAAAAUGAACUGCAAUUAUUGCUAAAUUAGAGUCUGUUUAUGGAAAUACAGAAUUGGGGAGGUAAUUAAAGAUUUGUCUUAGCGUGCUAUUCUGGAAGUACAAGUACAGGCUGGCGUGUCAUACCCAGCGGCGAUUACUACCUGAAGGUUUAUGAAGGACUUUACUGUGAUAUGUGUGCAUUCUGGUUAUAGGGGUGAUAUAUGGACUACAUAGUACACAACUGUGGCAUACCAGAUAUUGUUAAGAUUAACUUACAUACAUGGUCAUGUUAGAAUCUUAUUUAAGUUAAUGUGCAUGUAAGUCUAGACAGUUAAAAUCUAAAAGUGGUUAAGAUCAUCAUUGUGAUUUGAGUGAUGCGAAAUUAAAGAUGUGCUGUCUGUCUUCGGCUUGGCUUCUGGAAAGACUUCUUUCUAAGGAUUGUCUGGACUGGGGGAAGUGUG